AUUUCAUCAUCAAAUAAACGUGUUUAAUUUAUUUGUUUUUCUCUUCGACCACAACUACAAAAUUUGGCGUCGUUCACCAGUUUUCCACAAACUCAAAUUGUCUCCAAUGCCUGUACUUUUCUCCUCUCGUUUUCUCUUACUCUCCAUUAUCGUCCCCUUCCUUAUUUCUAUCACUCUCUACAAACUCGACACAUUCGACCCAGCUAUUGUUCCUUCCGAUGCAUUCACAUCCUCUGCUACUUCAAUCCCACCGCUUAUCAACGACAAAUUUCUCACCGGAGCUGAGUUUAUCGGCGUCGGUCUUCUCAAUAUACCCGAAGAUAUCGCCUACCAUAAGGACUCUAAUCUCAUCUAUACUGGUUGUGUUGAUGGAUGGGUGAAACGAGUCAAGGUCACCGACUCGGUUAAUGACUCAGUCGUUGAGGAUUGGGUCAAUACCGGUGGUAGACCGCUCGGAAUCGCGUUUGGACUCCACGGUGAAGUCAUUGUCGCAGACGUAUUUAAGGGACUGUUGAAUAUAAGUGGUGACGGAAAGAAGACGGAAUUGUUGACGGAUGAAGCGGACGGUGUGAGAUUUAAGCUGACGGAUGCAGUUACCGUUGCAGAUAACGGCGUUUUGUAUUUCACAGAUGCUUCUUACAAGUACACUCUCAAUCAAUUAAGUUUAGACAUGUUAGAAGGGAAACCUUUUGGACGACUCCUGAGCUUUGAUCCCACCACACGUGUCACACGUGUACUUCUCAAAGAUCUCUACUUUGCUAAUGGCAUCACCAUGUCUCCUGAUCAAACCCAUCUCAUCUUCUGUGAAACUCCCAUGAAAAGAUGCAGCAAGUAUUACAUCAGUGAUGAGCGUGUGGAGGUAUUCACUCCAAGCUUACCAGGUUAUCCAGAUAACAUUCGAUACGACGGAGAUGGACAUUACUGGAUUGCACUGCCUUCGGGAGUAACAACGUUGUGGAAUAUCUCGUUGAAAUACCCAUUCUUGAGGAAACUCACAGCUAUGGUGGCUAAGUACGGCGUGGAUCUUAUGUUUAUGGAGAAUGCGGGAGUUUUGCAGGUGGAUUUGGAUGGGAAUCCCAUCGCAUACUACCAUGAUCCAAAACUCUCUCACAUAGCUACAUGUGACAAGAUUGGGAAAUAUCUCUAUUGUGGAAGUCUCUCACAUUCACAUAUUCUCCGACUUGAUCUCCUGAAAUAUCCUGCACAGAAGAAGAAACUUUGAAACAUCAUGUUUUCACAAAUAAGGAAAUUUUCCAUUU